UCAAGUUUCAACAGCAUGUAUGGAAAGCUUAGUUGGCAAGAAGUUGAUCUCUAGUUGUUCAGGUCUUAUUAUGUGUACUACUUGCUUUGUACUAAAAGUCCAACAACCUAAAUAGUAAAUCCAAAUAAUAUAAGGAUUAAGGAACACUUUUCUUUCUAGAACCCCAAUUUAUGAUUUAUCACCUCGCAAUUUCAUUCAUCAACCAACUUCCCUCUUUGGCUCUUUCUCUGCUUUUGAAUACUACUAGAAGUUAUCUCUCUUCAAAUUUUAUCUAUUCAACCGACUAAUCUUUCUCUCUCACCCGUGAAAUUCUUAUCAGUUUCAGAAGAUUAGGGUUGUGACUUUCCCUAUUUCAGGCAAUUUUUACAGCAGUACUGGCUAUCUUUAGUAAAUUGUGCUCCGGAGGUUGCAAGAUGGGAUUGUGUGCUUCAAGAGAUGAUGAUGAUGAUUCUGCUCACUAUAUUAUGGCCGAUGGAGAUGUGCAUCUUAUUACCACAGUUGCAGCUUGGGAGGAGAGGUUGUCGCUUGCCAAUCAACAAGACAAGAUUAUAAUAGCAAAUUUUAGUGCAGCAUGGUGUGGGCCGUGCAAGAUGAUUGCAUCAUAUUAUUGUGAAUUGUCUCGGAAAUACACUUCCUUGAUGUUCCUCACUAUCGAUGUUGAUGAACUCCCUGAUCUUAGCACCUCAUUUGAUAUCAAAGCCACUCCAAGUUUCUUCUUCCUGAAGAAUGGACAGGAGAUUGACAAGCUUGUUGGCUCCAACAAGGCAGAGUUACAAAAGAAGAUAACUGCCAUUGUAGACUCACAAGGCCGGCCUUCCUAGAAGCCGUAUUAUGAUGUCUCAGUGAAACGUGGUUCUUAAAUUUGUGAUCCGGGUGCAAACAUUACGCUCAUUUUUACCCAAUCUAUGUAUCUUCUGCUGUGUAAAGUUGUGAAAUAGCAUUAGAUGAGUGUGUUAUUUGUUAUACUUGUAUGUGAGAGGCAAUGCUAAGAGUCACAAGCAUAGAGAAAACGUUGUAUACCAAGUAGUACUUGGUCACUUGGCAAGACUUUUACCUUAGAUACCUGAAGUUUUACGUUUGAAUUUUGCCAAGUGUGGUGUUUGGGAGCAGCAAUCGCUCUACUGUCUCCCCUACACUCAAGCACCCGAUCCUCAAAUGCUAGGUCUAAAAACUGUGAGAGUUGAGGUUUAGACGGGGUUUUUUCUCCUUAGCAUUUAAAGAGUGUAUUUAAAAAUUAGGUACAAUGUUGUUUUCUAUAUUGUGCUUGUCAAUUUUGUAUAUCCAAAAUACCAAUAGAUUCUAAUUCCUUAA